AUGCUGUCCGUGCUUUCAAAGGGUUUCAAGCCAGCGGCAAACUCGACCGUUGCCGCUGCAACAACAGUCACUUCGACUCGCCUUGCUUCAACAAAUGAUGUCAAUUUCACCGUGCAAAGCUACAAAUUGCACAAACUUGACAAUGGGCCCAAAACUUCGGUGACGCUCAACCGAACGGAUGCUCUUGAUUUUUACAGAAAAAUGCAGGUGAUUCGUCGUAUGGAAAGCGCUGCUGGUAACUUGUACAAGGAGAAGAAAAUUCGAGGAUUUUGCCAUCUUUACUCCGGACAAGAAGCUUGCGCCGUUGGAAUGAAAGCUGCGAUGACGGAAGGUGAUGCUGUGAUUACAGCUUACCGAUGCCACGGAUGGACAUAUCUUUUGGGGUCAACUACCACCCAGAUUCUCGCUGAGCUUACAGGUCGCAUUGCUGGCAAUGUGUACGGAAAGGGAGGAUCAAUGCAUAUGUACGAGAAAAAUUUCUAUGGAGGAAAUGGAAUUGUCGGUGCUCAACAACCCCUUGGAGCUGGCGUUGCUUUUGCUAUGAAAUACCGCAACCAGAAGAAUGUUUGUUUGACUUUGUAUGGAGAUGGUGCGGCUAAUCAAGGACAACUCUUUGAGGCCACAAACAUGGCUAAAUUGUGGGGGUUGCCUGUGAUCUUCAUUUGCGAGAACAACGGUUUUGGAAUGGGAACUCCUAUCGAACGAGCAUCGGCAUCUACCGAUUACUACACGAGAGGUGAUUACGUGCCCGGGAUCUGGGUUGACGGAAUGGAUAUUUUGGCUGUUCGUGAAGCGCUCAGAUGGUCAAAGGAAUAUUGUGACGCCGGCAAAGGACCCUUGAUGCUUGAAAUGGCCACCUAUCGUUAUCACGGUCACUCCAUGUCAGAUCCUGGUACAAGCUAUCGUACUCGUGAUGAAAUUCAAAACGUGCGUAAAACGAGAGAUCCUAUCACUGGUUUUAAGGACCGUGUCGUUACUUCCGGACUUGUGACUGAAGAUGAACUGAAAGAAAUCGAUAAGGAUGUUCGCAAGGAGGUCGAGGAGGCAGUAAAAAUUGCCACCACCGAUGGCGUCCUUCCACCAGAAGCUCUUUACGCUGAUAUUUAUGCCAAUACUGCCACUCAAGAAAUCAGGGGAGCCACCAUCGACGAGACCGUAAAGCAACCAUUCAAAACGACCACCGAGGUACUCAAAUCGAUUGGACGACUU